ACUUCUAUGAAUGUUAAAUUGCCGCUUAAUGUGAUGGCGAGAAAUAAUUUGGAGGCAUCUACUUGUAAAAUGACAGAGCCGUUUAAUUUUGAGAAAAAUGAAAGCAAGCUUCCACUACAUGAUUCUGUAAGAAGUCCUGGAGGACAUCCUAACCAUCCUAAUUUCAGGUUGAAAAGCCCAGAGAAUGGAAAUAAAAAGAACAAUUUUUUGCUUUGUGAGCAAACUAAACAGUAUUUGGCUAGUCAAGAAGACAAUUCAGUAUCUUCAAACCCUAAUGGCAUCAAUGGAGAAGUGGUUGGAUCCAAGGGAGAGAGGAAGACAUUGCCAACAGGUAUCUCGGUGUCACCAUUAAAGGUUGGAAAUAAUUCACCACCCAAAGAAAUAAAUAGUAAGCCGAGCAAUAAUGUGCCUCCUGCCAAGCCAAAAAAAACAUAUAAGUUGAUUGAGAAUUCCUUGUCCGUAAAUAAUCCGGCGCUCUUCAACUCCUUAGGACCUCCUCUUCGAUCAACAACUUGCCAUCGCUGUGGCCUGUUUGGAUCGCUGAGGUGUUCGCAGUGCAAGCAGACAUACUAUUGCUCCACAGCGUGCCAGAGGAGAGACUGGUCGGCACACAGCAUUGUAUGCAAACCUGUUCAGCAAAAUUUCCACAAACCUGAAGAUAAUAAAUCACCUUCUGAAACAAAGAACAUGGAAGUGAAAAACGAGAGUGAUCAUCCACUUGGAGUUACUAAGAAAGCCGUUUGUGCUGAUAAAAUAAUGUUUUCUGAUUUGAGAAGUCUACAACUCAGGAAAACCAUGGAAAUAAAGGGUACAGUUACUGAAUUCAAACACCCAAGUGACUUUUACGUGCAGCUGUAUUCUUCAGAAGUUUUAGAAUACAUGAACCAACUCUCUACAAGCUUAAAGGAAACACAUGCAAAUAUGGUGCAUGAAGAAGAUUACAUUCCUGUUAAGGGGGAAGUUUGUGUUGCCAAGUACACUGUUGACCAGACCUGGAACAGAGCACUAAUACAAGAUGUUGAUAUGCAGCAGAAGAAGGCACAAGUCUUAUAUAUUGAUUAUGGAAAUGAAGAAAUAAUUCCAGUAAACAGAAUUCACCAAUUAAACAGAAACAUUGACUUGUUUCCUCCUUGUGCCAUAAAGUGCUUUGUGGCCAAUGUUACCCCAGCAGAGGAGAAUUGGGGCAAUGAUUGUAUCAAAACUAUGAAGUCACUGUUAAUGGAGCAGUACUGCUCUAUAAAGAUUGUCGACAUCAUAAAAGAGGAAGUGGUUACCUUUGCUGUCGAUGUUACGCUGCCAAGUUCAGGAAAACUCUUAGACCACGUGCUUGUAGAAAUGGGAUAUGGCUUGAAACCCAAGGCACAAAACUCGAAGAAGCAAAGUGCAGAUCCAUGUGAUCCUGAAGAGGUUGGAAAAAUGACAGCUGAAAACAAAAUCGUUGUGGACAGAAGUGACCUAAUCCCCAAAGUGUUAACUUUGAACGUAGGGGAUGAGUUUUGCGGUGUGGUUGCCCACAUUCAGACUCCAGAAGACUUCUUUUGUCAACAACUACAAAAUGGACAUAAGCUUGCUGAACUUCAGGCAUCCCUUAGCGAGUACUGUGGUCAGGUGUCUCCACGCUCGGAUUUCUAUCCAACCAUUGGUGAUAUCUGUUGUGCUCAGUUCUCAGAGGAUGAUCAGUGGUACCGUGCCUCUAUUUUGGCUUAUGCUUCUGAAGAGUCUGUACUGGUUGGAUAUGUGGAUUAUGGAAACUUUGAAAUCCUGAGUUUGACAAGACUUUGUCCCAUAACUCCAAAGUUGUUGGAAUUGCCAAUGCAAGCUAUAAAGUGUGUGCUGGCAGGAGUAAAGCCAUCAUUAGGAAUUUGGACUCCAGAAGCUAUUUGUCUGAUGAAAAAAAUUGUACAGAACAAAAUGAUGACAGUGAAAGUGGUGGACAAGUUGGAAAACAGUUCCCUGGUGGAGCUUAUAGAUAAAUCCGUGACGCCUCACAUCAGUGUUGCUGAAGUUCUCAUAGGCACAGGCUUCGCUGUGGGGGAAAAGGGGGCAGUGACAGAUAAACCCAGUGACAGGAAAGAAGCCAGUGUUCCCUUAGGUGUAGAAGCAAAACUAAAUCCAUUGGCAUGGACAUGGGUUGAACUUGCUGUUGACCAAACAGUAGAUGUUGUGGUCUGUAUGAUGUACAGUCCUGGAGAAUUUUAUUGCCAUGUGCUUAAAGAGGAUGCUUUAGAGAAACUCAAUGAUUUGAAUAAAUCACUAGCAGAAUAUUGCCAGCAGAAGUUGCCUAAUGAUUUUAAGGCAGAAAUAGGGCAACCUUGUUGUGCUUUUUUUGCAGGUGAUGGUAGUUGGUAUCGUGCUUUAGUCAAGGAAAUCUUACCAAAUGGAAACAUUCAAGUACACUUUGUGGAUUAUGGAAACAGUGAAGAAGUUACUGCAGACGAGCUCCAAAUGAUCCCAUCAACAUUUUUAAAACUUGCAUUUCAAGGGAUACGGUGCUGGUUAGUAGAUAUACAGCCUGGAAACAAACACUGGACUAAAGAAGCCAUUGCCAGAUUUCAGAUGUGUGUUGCGGGGAUAAAACUCCAAGCCCGGGUGGUUGACAUCACUGAAAAUGGAGUGGGAGUUGAACUCACUGAUCUUUCCACUUGUUAUCCCAGAAUAAUUGGUGACGUUCUGAUUGAUGAACAUCUGGUUUUAAAAGCUAGCUCACCAUGUAAAGACUUGGCAAAUAACAGACCUGUUAACAAACAGGAUCUUCAAAUUGAGGCCCCGGGGCAACAAGCCAUCUCUUCAGCUGAACAGUGGAGGACGAUAGAAUUGCCAGUUAAUAAAACUGUACAAGCAAGCGUAUUAGAAAUCAUAACCCUGAACUUAUUUUAUGCUCUACCAAGUGAGAUGCCUGAAGAUCAGGAAAAACUGUGUAUAUUGACAGCUGAAUUGUUAGAAUAUUGCAAUGCUCAGAAAAGUCAAUCGUCUUACAGGCCAAGAAUUGGAGAUGCGUGCUGUGCCAAAUACACAAAUGAUGAUUUUUGGUACCGAGCCAUUGUUCUGGGGACUUCAGAUACGGAUGUGAAAGUGCUCUAUGCAGACUAUGGAAACAUUGAAACUCUGCCUCUUUCCAGAGUGCAGCCAAUCUCCGCCAGCCACCUGGAGCUUCCUUUCCAAGUUAUUAAAUGUUCGCUUGAAGGACUAAUGGAAUUGAAUGGAAGCUGCUCUCAAUUAAUAAUAGAACUACUAAAAAAUUUCAUGUUGAAUCAGAAUGUAAUGCUUUCUGUAAAAGGAAUUGUCAAGAAUGUCCAUACAGUGUCGGUUGAGAAAUGUUCUGAGAAUGGUACCGCCAGGAUAGCUGAUAGGCUGGUGAUGUGUGGUGUGGCAAAAAACAUGACAUCUAAAAAGCAAAGUGCUUUAAAUAAAGAGAAAACAUACAGGAUGAAUUACUGCUGCCCAGAGUUACAGAAACAAGUUGAAAAACAUGAACAGAUUCUCCUCUUCCUCUUAAACAAUCCAACCAAUCAAAAUAAAUUUAUUGAAAUGAAAAAGUUGUUAAAAAGUUAAGUUAAAUUGGAUGGUUUUGCCACUGUGGUAACCACCAAUAGGACACCUCCAGUCAUGUUAUCAAGGUGGAGCUG